GACGCGCCAGGAAAGGUUGAAGCAGGUUGUGGCGGCGGAAAAGGGUUGGUGGUUGGCCGGUACAGUACAGCCACCCAGCCUCCAGUGGCAAUGUCUGAGGGGAGUGGCCAGGCAGGUGGGGCAGUGGCAACAGCAGCCGCACACCCUGGCCCCACCUCCGGCACGGCCGUCGACCCAGACCCGGAGGUGGUGGUGGAGGAGGAGGCGACGCUGGCUGCCAGCCGUGCCCGUGGCUUCCUCAGCUGUGCCCGCUGUGGCCAGUACCUGGAGUACGGCGGCCUGGCGCCGCGCCUGCUGCCCGCCUGCCUGCACACUGUCUGUCAGCUGUGUGCUGGUGAGAGUGGCUCAGGGGGAGAGGUGCAGUGCGCCCUCUGCCAGACCACGUCGCCCUCGGUGGCGGACCACCCGCUGCUGGAGGAGCUGCUGCGCGACACGCACGCGCGGCAGCAGGCGGCCGGCUGCGGGCAGUGCUCAGAGCGGGGCGUCAGCGCCAGCGUCGUCGCCGGCUCGUGCCUUGACUGCCAGACCGACCUCUGCCAGAACUGCAUUGAUGCGCACAAGAUCACGAAGGCCACGUGGGACCACAAGGUGAAGCUGCUGCCGGACGCCAAGCAGGAGGACCGAUGCCCUGAGCAUGACAAGGCGUUCGACUACUACUGCGACGGGUGCGAGGUGCUGGCGUGCGGCGAGUGCAUCCUGUCGGCCCACCGGUCGCACGCCUCCUCCACGCUGGCGGACAAGGCGGCCCAGGUGCGCGCCGCCCUGCGCUCCUGCCUGGACGGCAUGAGCGGGGUCAAGAUGAAUGUCUCUGUGGAAAUCGCCAAACUGAAGUCUCAGAUGCUGGAAUGCGCCGAUGAGAAGCGGAAGAGCACAGCCAGCGUUCGUGCGGAGUAUGAACGGUACCAGACGCUGGUGCGCGCCUUCUUCUUGCGUCAGGUGGAGACGGGCCGCCAGAGACACGACGAUUUCGGCCGUGAGCUGGAGGGGCAGCUGGCGGCCGCUUCGCUGGUGCAGGCGCGCACCGCCCAUUGUGCCAACCUGGUGGGCCACCUGCUGGACAGCCGCCGACCGACCACCAGCGUCCACUACAGCAGGCACGUGACGGCGCUGGCCAAGCGGCUGGCGUCGGUAGACUUAAAGCAGCCGGACCUCUUGCCACCCGAGCUCACCAUGCGUCGCGUCUUCGGCAUAGACCGCGUCGGCGACCUCAUGACGGUGCUGCUGUACGACCGCGGCACGUGUCUGCAGCCGGAGACGAAGCGUGCCAUAUGCCGCGCCUUCCUGGCGGCCUCGCGCCAGGUGAUUGGCUGCCAUCAGCGCGCCAACACUGAGUUCGCCAUGACCUACAUGAAGCUGAUGUUCCGCAGCAUGGCGCGACUGUCGCACGUCUCGGCCGAGCUGCGCGGCCUGCACUGA